AUGUCUGACAGAGAAGAGAGUGAGGAACUGGAAGAGGCUCGGAAACGGAAGGAUGAUGCAGAGUUACGAGAUGAAGAACUGGCUAAUAUGAAUCAACCGUCGGAUAGUCAAUCACAGGCAUCGGAUCAGUUAGGACCAUCAUCCGAUCGUCGACCAGGACCAUCUACACAACCGGUUCCACCAAAUCGACCAGCACCAUCUAGACAAUCGGUUAAAUCGAUUCGGUCAGGGCCAACAACUGUCCCUGUAUUAGGAGAAUUCAAAGAACCAGCGCCUCAGGAGCCAAUCUUCACAAAAGUACCACUACGACUUCCUGGGCGGCCCGCGACGCCUAUACAAGAAAUGCCAAUUGAGGGAAUUGAAUUCAACCAAGAACCAGAACAAGCUGAGCAAGAUCCAGCCGACCCGAUGGCUCAUGCGGAUCCAGCUGAUCCAGAGCCACCAGCUGAUCCAGAGGCCCCAGCUGAUCCAGAGGCCCCAGCUGAUCCAGAGGCCCCAGCUGAUCCAGGGGCCCCAGCUGAUCCAGUGGGUCAAGGGGACCCAGCGGUUCCUGACGAGUCAAGAUGUUGUUCAACUAUGUGA